UAUGCAUGGCAGUGCAUGGCAAAUUUAUAAACAGUAAUUUUUCACUUUUGUAAUCAAUGUCUUCCAAUAUCUGUCCGUUUAAAUUUAAGUCUUUGGCAGAAAGGAAAUCUAGAAAUAAUAUUUACUAUGAAAUAUUCAAAUGGAAGAUGCAACAGGCGCCAAAAAAUAUAAAUCAAUUCUGUGAUUCGUCCUUGAACGGAACGGAGAGAAAAUCACUAGUUUGCUGGCUCAGAAAUUUGGAAGACAAAACCUCAAGCCAAUAUCUUCAAAUUGUGUUCUCGUUUUCCAUACCAAAUUCCGAGAAUCUUGAGAAAAUUAGUAGCUUAGGAAAGGCCGUAAUAUCAGCUGGGGCUGGUACUGGCUAUUGGGAAUAUCUGUUGUCACGAUUCUAUGGCGUGGACGUGAUUGCAUUCGACAGCAAUACAACUUAUCCCGAAAACAUGCAUUAUAUGCUAAUUAAAAAAGACGGUCCAGAAAUAUUGAAGAAUUUUGGUGAUAGAGCAUUGUUUUUGGCUUGGCCCGACAAAGACGAAGAGAGUACGUUUUCCUCAGACUGUUUACUUCAUUACGGUGGCGAUAUCGUGAUUCACGUCGGGGAACUGUUUGGAGAAACGUUCUCGAAGAAUCCCUGGGGACAGUCCACGUCGAGGUCAUUUCAACUUAAACUGGCUGAAGAAUUCCGUUGUAUGUACCGAAGACGUCUGACCAGCUGGCCUGGUUAUAUAGACACCCUAAGCAUCUGGUGCAGGAUUGACAGCGCUAUUGAUUGUGAUGGUGGGAUGUUCUGUUAUGUUCCUGCAGGAUAUUCAACCUGCCUUGCCGGAGAAAUUUGACUGAGCUUUGAUGAA